GAUAUGCAGGAGAGGAGUGCAACAUCUGUGGAGGCGGCUGUCAAUGAAUUGGUGGAACUAGAGGGCAGUGCCACAGCCACAGCAACAUCCAAGGGGAACAGUGGCUGCCACAAGGAAUCCCCCACGACUGCUGGCAAAGACGCCAACAAAUCCGACAAGAGCCACAGCACUGCCAGCCCCAACAAAUCUCCGCCUGCCACAAAAGCCAGCAACGCCGCAAUGGCGGCUGCCACCGCUGCCACAGCUGCAGCGGCCACCAAUGACCUUGCGGCGGCGGCAGCAGUAGUGCUCUCCCUCCAGGGCACGAUGGUGAGCAGCCUGCAGCAGGCCGCGCUCCUUCCGGCCAACUCUGCGGCGGCGGCAGCCCUCAAUCUGCAGGCCCUGGAAUCCUACUUGGCCCUGCAGCGCCUCACCGGCAAAUCGGAUGUGUAUCGGUACAGCAACAAUCAGAACAGCAACAGCAACAACAACAACACGGCUGGCAGCAGCAACAACAGCAGCAGCAGCAUUGGCAGCAGCAGCUGCCACAACGAGGCAGAGGCCAGCAGCAGCACUCUGCCCAGCCUCAUAGACAUCGCCAGCAUUGAGCUCAAGUCGAGCUGCUCAUCGAGCUCCUCGGUGGGGUCUGUUGUUCCGUCCAGCAAUGCUGCAGCCUGCCACAACACCUCCUCCUCCUCCCCCAGCAGCGGCAGCACCUCCACCCACAACAACAGCAGCAACAGCCACACUUCAUCCAGCAGCAAGUGCCUGCCACUGCCUUCAAUUGGAACUGUAAGUGCUGCUGUGGCAGCAGCUGCUGCCGCCGCCGCGGCUGCGGCCAAUCAACAGGCGGCCCUUGACUGUGCCACAGCCGCAGAGCUGGCCGCCGAGUGCGAUCUGCCCCUGCUCGAUGGGGAGGAUGCGCUGUCCUUCGAGGCCGGGGAUCUGGACAGCAGCUAUGGCAGCUUCAUCUUCAAUCCCUCGACCUUUGGCCAGGCGGAAGCGGACACCUCGCUGCACUCCCUGCAGGCCACCAUGUACCAGGACAAGAUGAGUGUGAUGGGGGGAUCGGGAUCCGGAUCGGGCUCGAUGGCCGGAGGCAGCGUGGAGGAGGGGGCCAGCUCCACGGCAGCGGCUGCAGCGGCGGCCCAGCGCUCCAAGAAGCAGUUCAUCUGCAAGUUCUGCAAUCGACAGUUCACCAAGUCGUACAAUCUGCUGAUCCACGAACGGACCCACACAGACGAGCGACCCUAUUCGUGUGAUAUCUGUGGCAAGGCCUUCAGGCGGCAAGAUCAUCUAAGGGACCACAGAUACAUCCACUCCAAGGAGAAGCCCUUCAAGUGCGUCGAGUGUGGCAAGGGGUUCUGCCAGUCGCGCACUCUGGCGGUGCACAAGAUACUGCACAUGGAGGAGUCGCCGCACAAGUGCCCCGUGUGCAACAGAUCGUUCAACCAGCGCUCCAACCUGAAGACCCACCUCCUCACCCACACGGACAUCAAGCCCUACAACUGCGCCUCCUGCGGCAAGGUCUUUCGCCGCAACUGCGAUCUCCGGCGGCACAGUCUCACCCACAAUCUCUCCGCCACGGGCGGUGUGGGUGGCAAUCUGAGUGAUCUAUUCGGCCCCGGCACCCCCGGCUCCAGCUCGAGCUCCGAUCUGGCUCUGGGUCUGGGUCUACCUUUGGUUGGCGCAGCAGGCGGCUCCUCAGCCACUUCCUCCUCCUCCUCCAGGGAUCUGGUGGCCGUCAGCGAUUGAUCCCCACUCCCACAGAUCCCACUCACACUUAAGAUAAUCUCAUUUGCAGCUCUCAUGACACACGACACGAAUCCCUCCACGAACUCCCCCAACAGCUAACAGCAUUUAACUUACAGUUAGUUUAGCCUAGCCCUAAGACAGGUUUAAGCCACGGAUAUUUGUGACGUAAGCCUAGCAGCAAAGUUUGACUUUGUAAGAACCAACUCGAUAUCGAUACUACGUCUAGUGUUUAAGCGAAAUUGUGAACUCUUAUUGUACAAUCGAAUAAAUGAUAAUAGAUUAAAAG